CGGACCAUCGAAACACAUUGACUUCUAGGCUAUAUUACUUUCAAGAGUUAUCCUACCUAAAGUAGUUUGAAAUGUAAUGUAUUUGCCUUAAUCUAUGUUUGAUAUACUUUAUAAAAGGCCGUAUUUGUGUGAUCGCUAGUGCAAAUUCGUUGUUCUUCUGUGGUACUGUAGAUUGUUGGCAAAAUUUCGCAUGUAGCUGGCGGGAAGUGAAAAUGUUAUCAUAUAUCUCCCUUUACGAUAUUUCCAUCAAUUAGCCACUGGAAGGUGUUUUUUUAACCAGGGCGUUCUGCACUUAAUGUUUUUGAAAAUCACGGUCGAUUAAUGUGAGGAAAGUACUUACACCGGGGCUUUUUCUGGAUGGUAGCGUCCCAGUGGAAGGAUCCGCUGUGAAUCUGCUUUGUUUCUCAAACCAUACAUACAAUUCUCCUGUGGGGGAGCAGAUAAAAUGUAUGUUUAACAAUUGCAAUGUGAGUUUUAUUAAUAGGUUAUCAGUCUUCGAUUAACAACCAUCAGCUCCUUUUUUGACCCCUUUGAAGCGCUCUGACAUUUCCACCACAAUGUCUCAGUCAGAGACGUGUUGCAUUUGUGGGGUGAGGUUUGUGAGGGGGCCCAAGGGUUACAACAGGAGGAAAGUCACCACGCUGACCAGCCCCAAGACCUUCCAGCUCGUCUUUGACAUCACUCCUGAUGACUCCUCCUUCCUCUGCUGGGUCUGUCUUGGUGUGCUCAGAAGGAAAACCAAGCAGGAUGGGAAGCUUUGGACUUGGUCAGAUUUGCCAACAAAAGUUGGCAGACCUCGAAAGCCCCAUGCCGAAAUACCAAGCUCAUCCACAACUUUACCCAAUCAAGCUCCAAUUAUAACCAACCCAUCCUCUUUAUCCAUAGAAGAGGAGUGCAUUGCUUCUAAAAAAAACAAACGGAGGACAGUUCGUCAGUGGGACGGGGAAAAAUGGACCACCUUGACUUCUUGUUCCCCAGAAUCCCAUUCAACAACCAUCAGACGACCUCCAACGUCCAUAGCCCCAACCACACACUCUUCAACACAAUCAAAACAAGUAAAUUCCUCUGCAUUAUCAAGUCAAACUUCAAAUCAGAUCAGUUCCCUGUUCUCCUUUGGAGAGCGGACAACAAAAAUACAUCCAAAGGCAACCCAACCUACAACACACUCCACACUCCUGUCUCCGGUCCCCGUUGACGAAGGUAUAAGGCCCAAGAAGAAGAAGCUCCCUUUCUCCAAGACUAAGCAGAGCUAUGGGUUUGGACCUCAUGCCAAGGCCCUGUAUUACAUGAACAGCCACCAGCACCUGAAGGCCUUCAGGUCCUUGAUGAAGACCAAAGCUAGAGAAGCCAUGACCCUUUUCCUCGCCGAGGUCAUCGCCCAGGAGAGUAAGGUAUUGAUGAAGGACCAAGGUGGGCCGCUGCGUCAGCCGCUGACUGAGGCGAGUGUGAGUGGGUUUUCCUGGGACGCCGUUCUAGCGUGGGGGGAAGAAAAGGCCCCUAUGACCCUGGCCUGUCUUAGGGCCAUGUUCCCCAAACCCAACACCAUCAGGACACGGGUUAUGAUGGGAGCAAGGAAAACGAAACGCCCGAGGACAGAAGAGGAGGCAGGUGAUGUCGUCAGCCAGAGGGCGGGGCUUAUCUUGGCCAUCGUCCUCUACACCUCCAUGCAGAAGUGCAACUUCAUCCAGGCCUCUCUGGGGGUCGAGUUCUGGAAACAGGGCUGUCCUCUCAGCGUGUUCAAAGCCCUCAGUGCCCUGGGGGUGUGUCCCAGUGCUGCCUCCACCAGGAGACACGCAGAGAGGCUGAUAAGCGGCUUUGAUCCACCUCAGCAGGACCAGACAGAGGGGGUGGAGGAGGAGCCUGGGGAGUCCUUUUGUAGAUCUGAGGAUGAGAGUCAGACUCUGAGUUGUUCUGAAGAGUAUCCCAGUUCCUCCCCAACCCACUCUCUGAACUGGUUCUCGGACCAAUCCCACUCCAGAGACGGGUCCUCGUCCGAUCGGAGUUCCAGACCUGACUCCAGAUCUCGCUCCAGGAGCGACGACUACCAAGGCCCAACUCAGAGGCCUGACUCCCGGGAGUACCAGAAUCUGAUCAAAGAACAUGGUUACCACAAAGUCCAGAAACCUACAUUGAGUCGAUGGACGAAGAACAGUGAGGACAAAAGGGAGGCAAAGGAAAAACCUGUUCAAAAUCUCAAGAGAAGGAAGAUGACAAAAAAGAAACCUGCUCAAUCGCCUCCAGUAGUAAACGCAACUGGUGCGCACUGUUCAGACAUAGAGACUUCUCAAGUAAGUAAGGUAAACAUGGAAGUCGUUGAAACUUCUCAAGUAGACAACACACACAUGGAACCCGUGCAACUCAGCGAUACAAACAAGAAACCUGCCCAUAUAAGUGAGACAAAUGUACAACUUGCUCAAAUGUCUGAAAUGAGCGAGACAGUCAUGGAACAAAUUAAAAUGCCCAAAAGAGGCAGGCCAAGGAAGGAACUUGCUCAAAUGUCUGUAAUGAGCGAGACAGUCAUGGAACAAAUGAAGAUUCCUAAAAGAGGCAGGCCAAGAAAGGAACUUGCUCAAAUGUCUGUAAUGAGCGAGACAAACAUGGAACAAAUUAUAAUGCCCAAAAGAGGCAGGCCAAGGAAGGAACUUGCUCAAGUAAGUAAAACAAACAUAGAACACACUCAAACUCCACAAAUAACCGACACACACUUGGAACCUGUUCACAAGCUCAGAAGUCCAAGGAAGAAACCUGUCCAAACGCCCCAGGUAACUGACACACAAAACAAACCCAUUCAAGUAACCAAUACAGAUAUUAAACUUGCUGAGACAAACAAAGAAUCUGUUGUACAGGCCAAGAAUGGGAGGCCAAAGAAGGGAUUUGUUCAAAUUCCACAAUUAACCGACACUUGCAUGGAACCCAUUCCGGUAAGCGAGGUAAAUACGGACACCACUUUAAUGCCCAGUAACAUGAGAUCAAGGAAGAGACCCAGACGAGUUCCCCAAGUAUCCGGCACAAACCAGGAAUUAACUCAAAUGCCCAAAAUAACCAAAAUGAACACACGCAUGGCACCUGCUGUAACAUCUAAAAGAGGGCGGACAAGGAAGGGACCAAUUGAAAUGUCUCAAGAAACCGACUUACACACAGAAGCCAGUCUAAUGCCUCAAGCUAGUGAAAUAAAUCAACAACGUAUCGAAGGAUGGGAAAUAAAUGAAGAACCCGCUGAACCCCAAAAACUCACUGGAAAGGCUAAAGUAAAUCAGAGAAAUAAAGUACCUGCAAAGACACCUGAAGAACUAGAUCAAAUGGAAUUAAUUCCAAAGCGCAAAAGAGGCAGGCCAAGGAAAGAACUUGCUCAAGUGAUCAACACAAGCAAGGGAACCCCUUCAAUGCAUAAAAUAAGCAAAACAGGCAAAGAACCUGCUCUUACCCGGGAGAUAAAAAUUAUUGUCAAUAGGAUGGAAAGCUGUAGUGCUGCUGAAAUGCCCCAAAUACGUGAGAUGAACAAUGAACCUGUUCAAGUAAGUACGGAAAACUUUGAACCUGUUCAAAGACUGAGUGGGAAGUCAAUGGAGGGACUCGUUCAAUUGCCCCAAGUAAGCUGCACGGACAUGGAACCUGGUAAGUUAGGCAGGACCAUCAUAGAAACCACUUCAACUGCAAAGAGGACUGACAAAGAAUCCGUUCAAAGGCCUCAAGCAAACGAAACAAAAGCAGAACUUGCUCAAACGUCUCAGAUAAUGGAAACGAUAAAGGAACACAUUCAAAUAACCAACACAGACAAGGAAACCGCUUCCGUGCCCAAAAGAAGCUGCACAGACAUGGAAACCGCUUCCGUGCCCAAAAGAAGCUGCACAGACAUGGAAACCGCUUCCGUGCCCAAAAGAAGCUGCACAGACAUGGAAACCGCUUCCGUGCCCAAAAGAAGCUGCACAGACAUGGAAACCGCUUCCGUGCCCAAAAGAAGCUGCACAGACAUGGAAACCGCUUCCGUGCCCAAAAGAAGCUGCACAGACAUGGAACUUGCUAAAAGGUACAAAAUGAGUGACUUUCAGACCCGGGUAAUAAGAAUAGUUGACACGAGGAUGAGGGCAAACAAAGAAUCUGUUUCAAUUCCUCAAGUACACGACCCAAACCAGGACCCUGAACCUGCUGCAACACCUGAAAUAGGCGACACAAACAAACAAUCCACACGAGUGAUCAGAAUAGUUGUUAACAGGAGGAUACCGGCAGACAUAUGUAGUCACACCCGGAAAAGCCUUGAGUGUCUGGCUGAGGUAGCGGCCAAAUGUGCUCCAUUAGAUGUUAAAUCUGCCGAAGAAGAUGGAUAGGUAGGUAGACGCAUGUUACUUAUCAUUAUAACAAACUUCACAACAUGACGUCUCAGGAAAGAAAAUAUAAAUUGUGAAAGGGUAUAACCCUAACCUGAGGGGUGGGGAAAAGUCUGCCUCGUCUUCUGUAUUCGUUUUACUGUAAUUGUACAUACCAGGCCUUUGUUUUAGCAAUUGUCUUCUCCACCUUGUUCAUUUAAUAUGUACAUAAUCCCAUAAACCUUUGUGUUUUUGUCGGUGUCCACUGUGGAUUUAAUGUUAAUCUUAUCCCAUUUUGUAUUUAGUUGUUCGGAUUGUACUUCUGUGGUUGUUGACAAUGUAAUAAAAAUGUGUGUGUUUUGUACAAAGGGAAUUACUGCAGUCUUAGUAUCCAUGCUCAUUUCAGGGUAUUUGUUUUCAUUACACUUACAAAUGUCCUUUGCCUAAAAGCAGAGACUGUAAACCAAAACAGAUUUGCCCACCAAUCUUUAAACUAGAAAAUAAAUUGUUACAAAACAACCACAGCGUUUAUCUUGACUCAAGGCUUUUCCUUUCAUACAGUUUUUGAUGUAAACAUUCUUACAAUAAUAUCCUGUGGUAAUACAGGAUAAUUUUGUGUAUAUUACUGUUGUCUCGUGUAAAAAUGAAGCUCACAGAAUAAACA